AUGUUGCAGGACACACUUCUAAUCGUAUUUAUUUCGUUAUUUACUGCAUUUCUUGGCGAAGGGAUUACAUGGCUGCUUGUUUACCGGACUGACAAGUUCAAAAAACUUCAAGCUGAAGUAGAUAAACAUUCGAAAAAGUUGGAGAGGCAACGAGACACUACAUCUGAAAACAAGAUUGAUAAAGCCGCCAAGAAACGCCUAGAAAAACAAGAAGAACGCCUCAAAAGUUUUACCCGUGAUCUCUCGAUGGUGAAGAUGAAGUCCAUGUUUGUCACUGGCGUGAUUUUCACCUCGUUGUUCAGUGUGUGUAACACCUCGUUUGAUGGACGUGUUGUAUGCAAGCUACCUUUUACUCCAAUUUCCUGGCUACAGGGUCUUUCACACAGAAACUUGCCCGGCAAAGACUUUACGGACUGUUCAUUCAUCUUCCUAUACAUAAUCUGCACUAUGUCAAUCCGCCAGAAUGUACAAAAGAUGCUGGGCUUCAGCCCCUCACGCGCGGCAAACCAGAACGCCUAUGGAGCAACCAGUUGA